CUCCCCCCCGUUGCUUCCUCGGCUGCACGGUAGAUCUACAGGCACACGUUACUUAAGCUUUGGCGCACUAGCGGCAGCAAGCUUCCUGUCGUGCAUCCCGGCAAUUGCAGGAUAGCGCUGGAACUUCGCUCUGCGCCUUCUGGAUGAGGCUAUACAGCUGGCAUCGUGAGGCUUUGGUGAGACUUGAUAAGUGCGAAAUUCAUUAAUUGAGAUGCGGGGAAGCUGGCGAUGCGCUCGAUGUGGAUGGCGGGGAGCCAGAGACGCCCAUGUCAGAGAGCGUGCAGUGUCGUCAUUGGCAUGCUAACCGCGGAUCAGACGGAAUAAACCAGUUGAACCUGCAGUGAUCGACUGGCAAGUAAUUGCCAUGCCUGCGAUCAAAUAGCGACAGCUGCCCGCUCUUGUUUGCAUCUUUGCGAUUGAACUGGACUGAGAGGCCAUUAUGCAUUGGUCGAGCUUCAUCGUUGCGCUGGGCGCCUGCGGCGGUGCGCUGGGCGCGCCCGUCGAACAGCAGCCAUUGUCAGGCAAUUUGCGACACCACGCAGGUCCGCACAAAGUCGCGGAUCCGUAUACGCCUGACAACCGCAAUCCAUACGACAAGAAAGUUGAUGCGCAGGCCAACAAGCUGCAUCCUCUGCCAUGGCGGGACGGAGAUGGAGCAGACAUGCUGGGUCCGCGCAACAGGGAACGUGAGAGACAGAACCCAGAUCUUGUCCGCCCACCCAGCACCGACCAUGGCAACAUGCCCAAUAUGCGCUGGUCGUUCGCCGAUUCACACAUCCGCAUUGAGGAGGGUGGAUGGACGCGCCAGACUACUGUCCGCGAGCUGCCAACCAGCAAAGAGCUAGCAGGCGUGAACAUGCGCCUUGAUGAGGGCGUGAUUCGCGAGCUCCAUUGGCACAAGGAAGCCGAGUGGGCCUACGUGCUCGAAGGCGAGGUGCGCAUCACAGCUCUUGACACCGAAGGCGGCAGUUUCGUCGACGACUUGAAGAAGGGCGAUCUUUGGUACUUCCCCUCCGGACAUCCACAUUCUCUCCAAGGCCUGUCGCCUAACGGCACAGAGUUCCUGCUCGUCUUUGACGAUGGCAAUUUCUCCGAAGACUCAACCUUCCUGCUCACCGACUGGGUUGCGCGUACGCCCAAGUCCGUUCUGGCAGAGAACUUCCGCGUCGCACCUGAGGUCUUCCGUGCCAUUCCUGAGAAGGAGAAGUACAUCUUCCAAGGCUCGAGCCCGGACAGCAUCGAGAAGGAAAUCCCAAGCGACAGUCCUGGGUACAAAAAGUCGAAGUUGCAGUUCACGCACAAAAUGCUCGAUCAGGAGCCGCUGAACACAACAGGUGGCCAGGUCCGCAUCACUGAUUCAACUAACUUCCCGCUCUCCAAGACAGUGGCGGCGGCCCAUCUUACCAUCCAGCCCGGUGCGCUCAGAGAAAUGCACUGGCACCCCAAUGCAGAUGAAUGGUCCUUCUUCAUCAAAGGUCGCGCACGCGUGACCAUCUUUGCCGCCGAAGGCACAGCACGCACCUUUGACUACCAAGCAGGCGACGUUGGCAUCGUGCCGCGCAACAUGGGGCACUUCAUUGAGAACUUGUCCGACGAUGAAGAAAUCGAGGUUUUGGAGAUUUUCCGCGCAGAUAAGUUCCAGGACUUCAGUCUAUUCCAGUGGAUGGGCGAGACGCCGCAGCGCAUGGUCAGAGAGCAUCUGUUUGCUACAGAUCCCAAGAGCGGCAAGAAAUUCGAGGAGGCAAUCAGGAAUGCGGAGAAGGACCCCAUUAGGGAUACGCUGAGUGGGGAAGAGGAGAAAGAGGAGCUGUAAGCCACUGAUGGUGAAACGGGAGAGGUGGGAGAGUAGGAGAGAGGAGGAGAUAGGAGAGGAAGCACUCAAGUCACCAUGGCGGGGUUCUUCAGCGAAGGACGUCGAGCCCAGGGGCAGGUCGAUGCUGGACCAACUAACGAAAUGAUAGUGUAACGAUAGCCUUCACAACGUAGAUGCGUACAACCUCACUGCGAUGUAGAGGUCCCAUGAUCUGUUGUUUAGUAGAUGGCAAACGGGUUGGGUGUGGCGUGGCAGGCGUACGUGAGGAAUUCAUAAUUGAAGUUAAUUAUCAGAUUGUCUUCAGGGCAGUGAACCUAAGCCUGAAGAUACCGGA